GCUUUCCUCAACCUCCUUUGAAUGGGAAUGAGGAAAUUGCCAUUUAAGAGAGUAAUUCCAAAAAGAAAAGAAAAACACCUCAAGCAACAUUUAAAGGUUUUUGAUGGAGCUUCUUUCUACAAAAGUUUAUCUGGAGUUCACUAAGGCUUUCCCCUUCUCUUCUGUUGUCUGAAGUCAAAUUCAGAAUGAACAAGAGAAGGAAAUAUACUACACUGAAUUUGGAGGAGAAAAUGAAAGUUCUAAGUAGGAUUGAAGCUGGACGAUCUCUUAAAACUGUAAUGGAUGAAUUUGGUAUCAGUAAAUCAAUGUUUUACGAUAUUAAGAACAAGAAAUUGAUUUUGGACUUUGUUCUGAAGCAGGAUAUGCCAUUAGUAGGGGCUGAAAAAAGAAGGAGGACAACAGGAGCCAAAUAUGGUGAUAUAGAUGAUGCAGUCUACACGUGGUACCAACAGAAAUGCUCAUCGGGUGUCUCUGUUAGAGGUGUGGAGCUUCAGGCUGCUGCAGAGAGAUUUGUAAAGUAUUUUGGGUGAACAGGCUUCAAAGCUAGCACUGGUUGGCUUUUUAGAUUUUGAAAUAGGCAUGCAAUUGGGAACCAAAAAGCAUGUGGGGAACAGAUCCUAGGUUCAGCUUCAGAAAAUGUUGAGCCAUUUUGGCAAAAACUGUCUAUGAUAAUUAAAGAGGAGAAAUUACAUUUAGCUCAGCUAUACAGUGGGGAUGAGACUGACCUCUUUGAAAUCAAUGCCAGAGAACACUCAGGCAAGUAGAAAAGAUAUCUGCCUAUCAGGGAGGAAGAUAAACAGCAGUUGUCUGCUCUUUUAUGUGCAAAUGCAGAUGGAACUCAUAAGUUAAAAUCAGUCAUUAUUGGAAAAGUAAAGGUGCCUAAAAGUGUGAAAGAGGACACAAGUACAUUAUCUGUGAUAUAUAAACCUAGUCAAGAUGUUUGGUUCACAAGAGAAUUAUUUUCAGAAUGGUUCUUUCAAAAUUUUGUUCCUGAGGUUUGACAUUUUCAGCGUAACGUUCUAAGAUUUCAUGAAAAGAACAUCAGGGCAUUGCUACUUUUGGACAGUUCUCCAGUUCACCCUUCUGCUGAAUCAUUUAACCGGUGAGGAUGGGCAAAUAAAAUGCAUGUUCUUUCCCCAUGGUACUUCCAUUUUGAUUUAACCAAUGAAUCAAGGUGUGAUCUUGAGCUGCAAACAGCUUUAUAGAUGGAAGCAACUUGAAGAGAGUCUUGUAAUUUUUGGAGAAAGUGAGGAUGAGCAGUAUAAAUGAGAAAAGGAAAUUUCCAAGAUUAAAAUCUACAAUGUAAAAAGUGCAAUUUUUAACUGGGCAAAAAGUUGGGAUGAAGUAAAACAAAUAACAAUAGCAAAUGCUUGGGAAAAUCUUUACAGAAAGGAACCUGACUCUUAUCUUCAAGGCUUAGAACAUGGGGGUAAUAGAGAAAUUCUUGAGAAAUGUGGAGAGUUAGAAACCAAACUGAAUGAUGAUAUGGUGUGGUUAGAUAGAGAUGAAGAAGAGAGUUGUACCCUAAAACCAGACAAAAUAAAGGACACUGUCCAAAAAGGAGGAGCUGCAAAGCAGACUGCUGAAUUUAAAUUAUCUACUGUAAGAGACAGUUUGGACUACCUUCUUAACUUUGUUGAUGCCACACCUGAAUUUCAAAGGUUCCAUUUUACACUAAAAGAGAUGCAACAAGAAAUAGCCAAGAAAGAGUUCCAGAUUAGAAUCCAUCCAUGAAUUGGUAGCUUUUUGAAAAAUAGGCCUCAUUAUAUAAAGGAUACUUCCAAUAUGCAUGCCUUCAACUUCUGGCUCUAAUAAUUGUAAAGAUAACUAUAUGAUGUAAACCUGUGAACUGUCAUUUAAUCAAACCUUUUGCAUAUCUAUGCCCAUUUAUAGGUUGUAAAAUAGUUUGAAAAUAAUAAAUUUGUGUUUCUCUAAAUGUAUGAAUAGUGGUUCUUUUUUCUACUUAUGACAAGGGAGUCGUGUCUCCAGGCCAUUACUCGCAGUCAGGCGGCAACUAAAGUUCAGCGUUCAUCACAGCCAGUACCUUAGCAGCAGCAUCAGAGGCUCCACAGCUGUCACAGCUCUGUGCUGGUGCAGCCCCCCUCGCCCACCCCACUUCUCCAUUGCUCGUACCAUGGCCGGUCAGCUGACUGAAGAACAGAUUACUGAAUUCAAGGAAGCUUUCUCCCUAUUCAAUAAAUAUGGUGAUAGUACUAUUACAAUGAAGGAACUUGGUACUGUCAUGAGGUCACUGGGUCAAGACCCAACAGAAGCUGAGUUGCAGGAUAUGAUCAACGAAGUGGAUGCUGUUGGGAAUGGCACUAUUGACUUCCCAGAGUUCUUGACUAUGAUGGCUAGAAAAGUGAAAGAUACAGGUAGCGAAGAAGUCCGUGAGGCUUUCCGAGUCUUUGACAAGGAUGGAAAUGGUUAUAUCAGUGCAGCAGAACUUCACAUCAUGACAAACUUAUGAGAAAAACUAACAGAUGAAGAAGCAGAUGAAGUGAUCCAAGAAGCAGAUGUUGAUGGCAACAGACAAGUCAACUAUGAAGAAUUCGUACAGAUGAUGACUUCAAAAUGAAGACCUACUUUUGACUACUUUUUCCCCUCUAGAAGAAUCAAACUGAAUCUUUUACUUACUUGUUAAAGUGGAAUGGCUAUGAGAAAAGCAGUAGUUUAAAUUCUACCAUGUAGUUGUAUACUACAGUGCUUAUUUAGUAUACACCAAGACCUAGGUUCAGUCCCCAGAAUUAAGAAUUACCCUAAUGUGUUCACCACAGAAAACAUAAAAGCUUGGCAAGGCAUAGUGGCACAUGUCUUUAAUUCUAGCACUCAA